AAAUAGUCCAUCAAAUUUGAAGAUAGAGAACUCAGAUCUGGAGAAAUGGGUAGCAGAAUUCUGAUCUCUUGAUGUUCUAUGGGCUGAAAGGAGAGUCGAUGAAGCUAUAGAAGCCCUUGAUGAAGGAGAACGUGUAGCAUCUGAGGCAAAAGAAACAAAAUUGUUGAGCUCCAGCGUACUUGUGUCACUGCAGACUGCUAUAGUAGAGCACAGGCAAAAGUUGGCUGAUCAGCUUGCUGAAGCUGCUUGUCAACCAUCUACUCGCGGUAAUGAACUUCGUGCAGCUAUAUCAGCUCUUAAAAGGCUCGGGGAUGGCCCCCGGGCACAUAGUUUGCUUCUCAAUGCACAUUUCCAAAGAUAUCAAUACAACAUGCAAAGCCUUCGGCCAUCAAGCACCUCAUAUGGAGGAGCAUAUACUGCUGCCCUUUCACAGCUUGUGUUCUCUGCUAUAGCCCAAGCUGCUAGUGAUUCUUUAACAAUUUUUGGUAGCGAAACAGCUUAUACUUCUGAGCUUGUGAUGUGGGCUACAAAACAGACACAGGCUUUUGCCCUUCUUGUUAAAAGACAUGCAUUAGCUUCAUCAGCAGCAGCUGGAGGUUUAAGAGCCGCAGCAGAGUGUGUCCAAAUAGCUUUAGGCCAUUGUUCAUUGUUGGAAGCUCGUGGCUUAGCACUUUGUCCUGUUCUCUUGAAACUCUUUAGACCUAGUGUUGAGCAAGCCCUAGAUGCCAAUCUAAAACGAAUUGAAGAAAGUACUGCUGCUCUGGCUGCUGCUGAUGAUUGGGUCCUCACAUUCCCUCCAAUGGGUACCCGUCAUUCUAGUACAGCAUUUCAGCAUAAGCUCACAAGUAGUGCCCAUCGGUUCAAUUUGAUGAUUCAGGAUUUCUUCGAGGAUGUAGGACCUCUCUUAAGUAUGCAGUUGGGAGGUCAAACACUUGAAGGUUUGUUCCAAGUGUUUAACUCGUAUGUGAACGUACUCAUAAAAGCAUUACCGGGCUCAAUGGAUGAAGAAGCAAAUUUUGAAGGCUCUGGAAAUAAAAUUGUGCGAAUGGCUGAGACUGAAGCACAGCAGAUUGCCUUGUUAGCAAAUGCAUCAUUAUUAGCAGAUGAACUACUCCCACGUGCGGCCAUGAAGCUUGCUCCUCUAAACCAGUCUAAUUACAAAGGUGAUAGUCGGAGAAGAUCUACAGAUAGGCAAAAUCGUCACCCUGAACAGCGAGAAUGGAAGAGGCGGCUUGUGGGUUCAGUUGACAGAUUGAAAGAUACAUUUUGUCGGCAACAUGCACUGGACCUCAUAUUCACAGAAGAUGGGGAUAGCCAUCUUACUGCAGAUAUGUACAUAAACAUGGAUGGAAAUGUUGAUGAUGUGGAGUGGUUUCCAUCUCUAAUAUUCCAGGAACUAUAUGUAAAACUAAACAGAAUGGCAAGUCUAGCAGCAGAUAUGUUUGUAGGAAGGGAAAGAUUUGCUACAUUGCUUUUGAUGAGACUUACAGAAACUGUCAUCUUAUGGCUUUCUGAAGAUCAAAGCUUUUGGGAUGAUAUUGAGGAUGGUCCAAAGCCUCUAGGUCCUCUUGGCCUGCAGCAAUUUUAUCUGGAUAUGAAGUUCGUCAUUUGCUUUGCAUCCCAAGGUCGCUACUUAUCAAGGAAUUUGCAUCGAGUUGUCAAUGAGAUCAUAUCUAAAGCCAUGGCAGCAUAUGCUGCUACAGGGAUAGAUCCAUAUAGUGAACUGCCAGAAGAUGACUGGUUCAACGAAGUUUGCCAAGAAGCAAUGGAAAGAUUAAGUGGAAAGCCAAAAGCUAUUAACGGAGAUCGUGAUCCGAACAGCCCAACUGCUUCGGUGUCGGCACAGUCAAUAUCAUCUGUGAGAUCCCUCGGGAGCACCUGAAAUCAUGUUUGCUCGACCUCUGUAAAUUAGACGGGAAACGGAUUCACAAUGGACUUGCAAGCAAGUCACACCAUGUAUUCAUAGUGUGGAAAUUUCACCUUUUUUUUUUCUUUUCAUUUUUUUUCUUCAUUCCCAUGUUUGUAGGUUGAUGUUUGUGUGGUUGCAAAUUUAGGUUACAUUUUUUCUCUGGCUUCCUGAUUGAGUUGUACAUGUUGAUUGCUUGAUUGAGUAGGAUCUAGUCAUACACCAUUCUUUUCAUCAA